AUGGAUGAACAAUCUACAUCAGAAGACGAAUCUAACAGUGAACUUGCUGUUGCUGGACCAUCAAAAGUGGCAGCCAACAAUCCAACGUCACCGCUCACCACUCAGAUGGUGACGCAACUGUUCAAGAGUGCACCGCGAGAGGCGAAACUGAGGCCUCUAGUGGACCCGCUAGUCCUCCCCAGUAGUCCCGGCUGCGAAGCGAACAAUGGCUCGACGUCGAGCUCGCCGGCCGCCACUUCGCCGGCCGCGUCCUCCGACAAGACCGACAACCACGACACCUUCGGCUUCUACACGGAAGCGCCCGACAUGCGCCGCGAGGAGGAGCGGCUCAAGACGUUCGACAAGUGGCCCGUCGAGUUCCUGGCGCCCGCGCAGCUCGCGCGCAACGGCUUCUACUACCUGGGCCGCGGCGACGAGGUCCGCUGCGCGUUCUGCAAGGUCGAAAUCAUGCGGUGGGUCGAGGGCGACGACCCCGCGAAGGACCACCAGCGCUGGGCGCCCCAGUGCCCCUUCCUGAGGCGGCACGCGGCCGCCGGCAACGUGCCGCUCGAGUCGCCGGCCGCCGCGGGCCACGACGAGUGCGGCGUCCGCGCACCGCCCAACGCCACGCCCGAGCGAAUGCCCGGCCCCGUCCACCCGCGCUACGCCUCCGAGGCGGCUCGCUUGCGCACCUUCAAGGACUGGCCCCGCUGCAUGCGCCAGAAGCCCGAGGAGCUCGCCGAGGCGGGCUUCUUCUACACAGGCCACGGCGACAAGACCAAGUGCUUCUACUGCGACGGCGGCCUCAAGGACUGGGAGAACGACGACGUGCCGUGGGAGCAGCACGCGCGCUGGUUCGACCGCUGCGCGUACGUGCAGCUCGUGAAGGGGCGCGACUACGUGCAGCGCGUGAUGUCGGAGGCGUGCGCGGUCCCGGCGCCGCGGGACAAGGAGGCGGCCGGCGGGCCCCACUGCGCCGAGGAGCGCGAGCGGGAGCGGGAGCGGGAGAGCGCCGUGGAGGACUCGAAGCUGUGCAAGAUCUGCUACGCGGAGGAGCGCAACGUGUGCUUCGUGCCGUGCGGCCACGUGGUGGCGUGCGCCAAGUGCGCCCUGUCCACGGACAGGUGCCCCAUGUGCCGGAGGACGUUCCAAAACGCGGUGCGCCUGUACUUCUCG